GUGUAAUGUAACUCUAGAAUUGACCAAUCACGUGCUGGUUAUAUUAUGCGCACGCAAGACGUACAAUAGUAGAAGCGAAACAAAGUAGCUUUGGCGACUGCAUAAACUCAUCGUGUCUGUUAAGCGAGGAGUGGGAACUACAACGGAGGAGAUAAGCGGUCUAGAGCUCAUUACAUAUUUAUACCCAGCAGGGCGUGGCUACGGUGAAGCGGUUCAGCCAAUCCAGUUCGGCCGGUGGAAUGGGGGCGUUCCGUUCCGCUGCGAGCAGAAGUUCAACAGCGAGCCCAGACAGUGCUGGGGAAAGGCAGAUAGAGAGGGCAGCGGCGAGGGCUGGCUGUACGACCCUCUUUUGGGGGGUCCGAUUAUAACAAAAAUAUUACACACAUGCUUGAACGCCCCAGCCGCAUGAUAGGCCAUAUGUGGAUAAUAAUAGGUAUUUUUAGAAAGCAUAUAGCUUCUGACUCUAUAUUUAAAAUGCCUAUUUUACUUUUCCUGUUAGACACGUCCGCGUCUAUGAAUCAGCGCACUUAUUUGGGUACGACAUAUCUGGACAUUGCUAAAGGCGCGGUUGAAAUCUUUAUGAAGCUGCGUGCUCGAGACCCGGCUAGUAGGGGCGACAGGUACAUGCUAGUUACAUUCGAUGAUCCACCAUACGGAGUAAAGGAUGUCUGUCAAUGCUUACAGGUCACUUUCAGGUCACGUAAGGUUAAGUAUGGAGCUGCAUUGGCAACUGGCCUGAGUAGGAAAAAGAGCCAAUAGUCCUUCGGCUUUACCUAUGCCUGUGUUGUGGUUUCUCACUUCUCCCUCCCUCUCAUUUUUCAAUUCCUAUCAUGUGUGUAAUUAGAUAUUCUCCCCUGAAAAAAGCUCUGUGGUCUAGGCUAUGGACAUAGUAAGAUGUUGGAUAAGCUAUUGGUGAUAUUGAAACCAAAUGAUUUAUUAAUCUAUUCAUCCCCCUCUGUGGUUUAUUCCAAAGUGUUUGUGACUUGUGUGGAGACAUGGACGUUCCCCCAUGCGGUCACACCGUUAGACGACCCCCCCCUGUGCCUCCGUGUGUCUCCAGGCCGGCUGGAAGGAGAACCACGCCACCUUCAUGAGCGAGCUGAAGAACCUGCAGGCGUCUGGCCUGACCACCCUGGGCCACGCUCUGCGCACCGCCUUCGACCUCCUCAACCUCAACCGCCUCGUCUCGGGCAUCGACAACUACGGGCAGGGUCGUAACCCGUUCUUCUUGGAGCCCUCUGUGAUCAUCACUAUCACCGACGGCAACAAGCUGACUCACAGCUCUGGGGUUCCGGAAGAGCUGCACCUGCCGCUGAACUCCCCCCUGCCGGGCAGUGAGCUGACGAAGGAGCCCUUCCGGUGGGACCAGCGGCUGUUCGCCCUGGUUCUGAGGCUCCCGGGGGCCGCCACGCCUGACAGCGAGCAGCUGGGCAGCGUCCCCACGGACGAGUCUGCCAUCACGCAGAUGUGUGAGGUCACCGGAGGACGCUCCUACUGCGUGCGGACCCAGAGGAUGUUGAACCAGUGUCUGGAGUCUCUGGUGCAGAAGGUCCAGAGCGGGGUGGUCAUCAACUUUGAGAGGAGCGCCUGCGAUCCGCCCGUAGCGGGGGAAGAUGGCUCCGUAGAGUCAAGCCGAUCUGUAUCGUUAUUCAACUCACAACCUUGGCACAGCUGCCACAAGCUCAUCUACGUGCGCCCAAACCCCAAGACCGGACUGCCCGUGGGCCACUGGCCCAUCCCAGAGUCCUUCUGGCCAGAACCCAACUCUCCAGCUCUGCCGCCCCGCUCUGCCCACCCCGUGGUGCGCUUCUCCUGUGCCGACUGUGAGCCCAUGGUGAUCGACAAGCUGCCCUUCGACAAGUACGAGCUGGAGCCCUCACCCCUCACGCAGUACGUGCUGGAGAGGAAGGCCCCGCACAUGUGCUGGCAGGUGUUUGUCAGCAGCAGUGGGAAGCCCAGCGACCUGGGCCAACCCUUCGGCUACCUUAAGGCCAGCACCACGCUGACCUGCGUCAACCUCUUCGUCAUGCCUUACAACUACCCAGUGCUUCUGCCCUUACUCGAUGACUUGUUCAAGGUACACAAGCUGAAACCCAAUCUGAAGUGGCGCCAGGCGUUGGAGAGCUACCUGAAGACGAUGCCUCCUUACUACCUCAUGCCGCUGAAGAAGGCGUUAAGGAUGAUGGGGGUGCCCAACCUCAUCGCCGACAACAUGGACCGUGGUCUCAGCUACAGCGUUAUCGCCUACCUGAAGAAACUCAGCCAACAGGCCAAGAUGGAGUCGGAGCGUCUGAUCGUGUCGGUGGGCCAGAAGGCCCCCCAGGAGACUGGGAUGAAGGUCCGGAGCCUCUCCAGCUCGCUGUCCCUGGCCCACCACCGACGGGACUUCAAGCAGCUCCUCCAGGGCCUAGCCGGGGAGUCCCCCCUGCACCUGGCCGACGUCAACCUCAAAGAGUUCGCCGGCUUCCACAUCGCGCUGCUUAACAAGAGUCUGAAGCCUCAGUCGUACAGGAACGCAUACGACAUCCCGAGGAGGAAUCUGUUGGACCAGCUGAGCAGAAUGCGCUCCAAUUUGCUCCGGAGUACGCAGAAGCUGAUCAGAGGUCAAGACGAAGAUUAUCUGCACAGUAUCCCCGUGGCUCAGAUGGGGAACUACCAGGAAUACCUGAAGAUGAUGCCGUCGCCGCUGAGAGAGAUGGACCCCGACCAGCCCAAGCGCCUGCACACGUUCGGCAAUCCCUUCAAACAGGACAAGAAGGGCAUGAUGAUCGAUGAGGCGGAUGAGUUUGUGGUCGGCCCGCAGAGCAAGAAGAGGGCGGGCUCAGGAGACCUCAGCUCCGGCGUGGCGCUCAAGAAGAGGCGCAGCGUGUCCCCGUUGCUGCGGCGACCGCAGACUCCGCCCCCCGUUGCCAACCACGUGGCGGGAAAGCCCUUGCCAGGGGUUCUGUCACCGCAGAGCCCAGCCAAGCUCCUCCCCCAACACAAAGAUGGCUCCGGCGUGGGGCUCCCUGAGAGCAACGGGGAGGGGGCCGCCCUGCUGCCCGAGCUGGCGCUCUCCUGGCCCAGCGAGGGUGACGGACUGUCAGGGAGCCCCGCCGUCCUGCCCCAGGAGGGGGGGGGCGGGCCUGGGGCCAGGCCCAGACCGGCACACCCUCCAGGGGGGACGGACGAGGCCGUGCAGGAGGACAAGGACCCUGCGGAGGAGGAGGAGGAAGAGGAGGAGGAGGAGGAGAGUAAUGGCGGUCUGGUGGAGGAGAAGCAGAGCUGCGACGCGCUGAGUCCGCCGGGUCACGACGGACAGUCGGAGGGCCCCGGAGGGGACGCUGCGGUUCUGGAGACGAUAAUCAUCCCCCCGCUGGACUGCAGCCAGGCCGAGCUACGGACACGGGUCGUCAAGGAGGUCCGGAAACCUGGGCGCAACUUUGAAGCAAUACUCAGACUCCUGGAGGAAGUGAGGGGGCCGGUGCAUGUCCAGAAGUACCUGAUCCACCAUGCCAUCAAAGAGGCUGCAAGGUUCAAGAAGCGUGUGUUGAUCCAGCAGCUGGAAGACACCCUGGUGGAGAUGGACGAGAAGCAGGCGGCAGGCCAACAGCUCCACAACGACCACGGCAGAUAGUGAAGAGACCGUGGAAAUAACUGGCAUCUGCCAAUAACAACACAUGGGAGGCUCAAGUUGGGCAGGUGGUGGCGAUGGGGCGGGGGGGGUAUAUGAAGGGGAUGAUGAUUAGCUAGGCUAGUGGUUCCCUUCUGUACACCAACCCCCUCCACCCAGGCCAUUACAUCACUUCCUGUCCGAGGUGGAGGUUAAGGGGUUUAAGCCUGGAGGCUGGGACUGGAUCCUCUGAGGAUAAAUCAGAGAGAUGAUAAUCCUCUUCAAGCCAUAGACUUCCAUAUGGCUCCCAUCCCAGGUCUGCGGAGCACACAUUUCUGCCAUCACGCACACACACACACAUACCACCACUCCAUCCUAAAAGGAAGCAGACCCAGCUGCUGUCAGCUAACAGUGGCUGGGGAGAUUGUUUAAUGGCUGCUACCUGCACCAUCCCCAAUCACUCCUCUGGGUCAAGGGGUUCAAGGCAGCUCCUUAGUAUUACUAUACUUAUAAUUAUUAGAAACUAAUAAUAGGGUAUCUGUUCAGCUGGUCUGAUGUGUUAGCACUGUAUUUACAGCCAUAUAGACUGUAAUUAUACUUCCUACUAAAGGUAUAAAAAGAAAAAAACGACAAUGCACUAAUGAAGAGUUUGGGCUCACAUGAGAAAUCUGGUCUACCUCAAACUGUUGGCAUGAUAUCCACAUUCAGAAAGACCGGGGUUGGAUGGCUGGACACCAAAACUCCACAAUUUGGAGGUUAGAUAUGGGACUGGCCGACGUGACAGACCAACCAUAGUGCAGUCGCUUCCACGGUUUAUCAACCAACUGUCAGUGGUGUCCAAACUUCAACAACAGCAAUAAUUGUCUUGUUAUUUUUUUCAAUACAAACUUGUGACGGUGAGGAUGCCAAUGUGGUACAGAUUCUUCAACACCCCCGUAAACCGACUCCUCUGUCUUACACAAUCAGUGGCCAAAGCACUCGUUGGACUCCGUACACAAGCAGCGCUGUGUAAUCCUGACAUCUGCCACAACACCUGUUCUUGACCUUGCACAGCUGCACUCUGCUGCAUUUUAAGCUCUACUGCAUUGAUGAAGUAUAGCAUUUUGUUUGGUUCGGUUCCUAUUAUACAUAUAUAUAUAUAUAUAUAUAUAUAUAUAUACAUACAUAUAUAUAUACAUACAUAUAUAUAUAUAUAAAAUGUAAGCUACUUUUUAAUGUUCAUACAAAGUAUAGAAUAUUUUUGGGAAUCCCAUUGCAGAGCAUUAAAGUAUUUUGAAAGAAAAGAUGGAUAAAUAUGGAUGGUUUUGUGAUCUUACGUUUUUUAAUAACAAAAGAAAAUACAUACAUGGGCAGAAUGUUGUGCAUUGCUGUAUAUUAUAACAAGACACUCUCUAUUGCCUAAAGAAAUGUAUCAUUUGCAUACACAAUGAGAACCUUUUCUUUGCCAAUCAAAUCUUGCUAUGGAAUCAAAUUACAAUAUAAAUUAUGGGGGGAUAAAAGUUUUUUACUUUGUAGUUCUCAAUAAGUAUACAAGCUGUCGUGAACAGGAGGUACUUUGGAAGUCAAAGACCCAUACAACCAACUUCACCAUGCAAAUUCACUAUAUUGUAUAUAAAAAACCUUAGUUAUCUAAAUUAAAUUAUACAAAAGAGAAUAGCAGUUGAGAUGGCCAAAGCUGCCCACUGUCUGCGGUUCUCCCAUGUCCAUGCAAGUGGACAUUGCACUAUAUUAAUGGUAUAUCAAUCACUGUUGGAUGUCUGACUGGCUCAACUACCCCAGAUAUACAUUAUCUCAAAUCAUAUCCCCAUGACAAGUAUUGGUAAUACUGGGUUUAAGAUGGAACCACUUCCAUCCAGCAACAAACAAACCCAGUUGGAGUGGAGGUCAAGGUCCACAUGCACGUUGUUUUUCAACAAAAUCAUAACUAGGAUCUAGAAAAUGUAAUCAAGACAGUCAGCAAUCAGUCCCAAACCAUGUGAGGAGAAUCUAAAAGUUAAACCGUUCUUUACAUUUAUACAGCUGGUGGCAAAACUCCUUUGGUUAGAAAAAGAGUGAUCACUGUUAUCAGAAUAAAAAACUGAUCCAAAAUCAAGGAAAAUACUGACAUUUUUAAAAUCAGUCUGCUUUUA